CAUCAAUACCCUCCACACCUCACCACGGCCGCUCCCCUCUCCACUCUCAACACACUCCUGCUCUCGUCGAGCUCCCGUUGCGGUCUCCAUCAACGCUACGUUGCUGCAUCGCAACAGUUGUCGGCCACUCCCAGAAUACUUCGCUGCGUGCCACCCGCUCUGCUGCGCCUACAGCCGCCGCGCAUCAUCCAGGGCUGUGCACCCACUUUCAGUCGCAGCCUGGAACAUCCUCAAAGCUCGACUCCCACCACUGCUUCAUCUCUUCACCAACGCCAUCCUCGACAUCUGCACUCCUCCACUGCGACUGCAGUUCACACCCCGACCAUGGAGCACUCGCACGCCGCCGAGCGGGGCGCCGCUGCCAAUGUCGACACCGAUCAACUUGCCCAGGAAAUGACGGAGCGCUUUCGACAGGUCCUGAGCACAAAGCGGAUGAACGAACUCACCUCGCGAUCUGUCCUGUCAAGGUCGUCAUCGCCAGCGCCGCGAGACUUCGGCACACCACAGCCGCCGGCCACCACGAAUGCACCUCCGCCAUCCUACUCGUCACUCCGAAACAUACCUCUGGUGGCCCAGGCCCCUCAGGAUGCUCGAUCAAUACGCUUUAAGAACAUGCUUCACUCGCUAUCUAACAUGCCCAUACGGUGGGAGAACCCCGGUCUGCUGGACGAAGCCCUUCGAGUUGUCCCACUGGAGCAGAUCUACAGUGAAGCCGAGGAGGAGAGCCAGAUCCUGCAAGCUGAAGCAGAAAGCUUGGGCGCUGGCAAGAAGGCCGCAUGGGGCUACCAAGACUGCGUUGUGCGGGCACUUCUGCGAUGGUUUAAGCGAUCAUUUUUCACCUGGGUCAACAACCCUCCAUGCUCACGAUGCUACUCUCCCACAAUCGGCGUAGGCAUGGCCGCUCCACUCCCCGACGAGCAAGCCCGUGGCGCGAACCAAGUUGAACUCUACAAAUGCUCAGUCGAGCAGUGCGGCGCAUACGAACGAUAUCCCCGAUACAACGACGCUUUUGUCCUGCUCCAGACUCGGCGAGGCCGAUGUGGCGAAUGGGCCAAUUGCUUCAGCAUGCUGUGCAGAGCCGUCGGCUCAAGGGUACGAUGGGUCUGGAACAGCGAAGAUCAUGUGUGGACGGAGGUCUACUCGCUCCACCGCAAGCGCUGGGUGCAUGUCGAUGCUUGCGAAGAAGCCUGGGACAAACCCCGACUUUACACAGAGGGAUGGGGCAAGAAGCUCGCUUACUGCAUUGCUUUCUCUGUUGAUGGCGCUAUGGAUGUCACUCGAAGAUAUGUACGCAAUCCAACCAAACAUGGCAUGGAGCGCACCAGGGCACCCGAGGCUGCCUUGCUCCACAUUAUGGAUGAAAUCCGCGCCAUGCGUCGAAGCAGUAUGUCGAAGCAGGACAAGUUCCGCCUUGAAGGCGAAGACAUGCGUGAGGAUCGGGAACUCCGCAGCUACGUCAUCUCCUCUAUCGCACACGAGGUGAGCAGAAUCAGUGCCGACGACAUCUUGAGCGGACGAAGCAGCCGUCCUCGACCCGACCCCGAUGCGCAGAAAGCACAGGAAGGCCGAACCAGUGGAUCUGCAGAGUGGAUACGACAAAGAGGCGAAGGUGGAAGGAGCACACCAAACCAACACAACCCUCGAGAUCAACAUCCUCGAUGAAAAGCGAUCUGCACAACAUUCUACUCGUUAAUCCCCGCAUCCUAUCCCACACCUUCCAUGGUCUCCAGGAUAUCACCAGCGACGAAGCACCGUCCUUUCCGCCCACGCACGUCACGACGAUGCUCAAGACAGCCGGAACCGA